CCUGUCACUUCCUUGUUUUUCAAAAGUUUUAUUUUGAGAAGUUAGCACCAUAUUUUACAUGUAUCUCGUUUCAUUUCCAUCUUUAUGUUGGGCCAACAGACGCUUCUUCCAGUGUUAUUUUAGAUUUGCUGUCUGCACUGUAACUUACAACGCAGACUUGUGGUACAACGUUGUUUCAUGCCACUGUGCUGCUGAACUAGCUGGCUAGUAGCUUAUUAACGUUAGUUCAACGAGGGAGAAUGUGUUCCGCCGAAAACGAAGAUUUCAGGGUUAAGUUUCCUCUACAUUACUUUGUCUGGGAGAAUGAUUACAGGAAUCUCGAAAAGGAGUUGAAAAAGAACAACGUAGAGCUGGUUGACCCCAGAGGACGGACACCGCUCCACCUGGCAGUCUCCCUGGGACACCUGGAGUCAGUGAGAGUCUUACUGAGACACAAUGCGGAAGUAACCAAAGAGAAUGCAAAGGGAUGGACAGCAUUGCAGGAGGCGGUCAGCACUGGAGACCCAGAGAUGGUACAGCUGGUACUGCAGAGACGGGACUACCUCAAAGCCUCCACAGCCCUGGGAGGGGUGCCUGAGCUGCUGUCCAAAAUCCGUGAGUCUCCAGAUUUUUACAUGGAAAUGAAGUGGGAGUUCACAAGUUGGAUACCCCUGGUGUCACGGGUGUGCCCCAGUGACGUGUGUCGAAUUUGGAAGAGCGGUGCCAACAUUCGCGUGGACGCCACACUGCUGGGGUUCGAGAACAUGACCUGGAUCAGAGGUCGAAGGAGUUACAUCUUCAGAGGAGACGACAGCUGCACGGAGCUGAUGGAGGUGAACCACGACGAAGAGGUGGUCGACACGGAGCGCUUCGACAUCUCGCGGGAGAUCGAGGACGUCACGCUGGACUCCAUGCAGCCGGCCGAGCACGAGGUCGCCAAGCGACUGACCACGCCCAUCGUCAACACCUACCUGGACACCCGCCACAUCGCCUUUGAGAGGAAUAAAUCUGGGAUUUGGGGCUGGAGGACGGAAAAGACAGAGGUCGUCAACGGAUUCGAAGCAAAGGUUUUCACUGUGAACAACGUCAACGUGGUGAUCCGGACGCGGACAGAGCAUCUCACGGACGAGGAGAAGGCCCGAAUAAAAGAUGAGCGGAAUGUUCUGGAAUCUCUCCUCGGAACAGUGGAGCAGCACUUCAGCGCCCAAGGGGACCUCACCCUGGAGUACGCCACUGCCACAAACCCCACGGCCAUCACGCCUGAGGAGUACUUCGACCCAGACUUUGACCUGAAGGACCGAGACAUCGGCCGGCCCAUCGAGCUCACCAUCCGAACCCAGAAGUUCAAGGCCACCCUGUGGAUGAGCGAGGAGCACCCCCUCUCCCUGGUGGAGCAGGUGACCCCCAUCAUCGACCUCAUGGCCCGCACGAGCACGCACUUCGCCCGGCUGAGGGACUUCGUCACCCUGCAGUUCCCCCCGGGAUUCCCAGUCAAGAUCGAGAUCCCGCUCUUCCACGUGCUGAACGCUAGGAUCACCUUCGGGAACGUCAACAGGUGCAGCACCGGAGAGCCCCUGGACACGAACCCGCCGUCUGCAGCCGCGACGCCCACGGACGAGGAGGAGGGCGUGGCCCUUGCUCCAUUCCAGGUGUGCCCCACGGUGUUUGAGGUGCCCCCCCACUACCGCCACCGCGGGGGCAGCCGAGCCACGCCCGUGUCCAACCACGACGAGGAGCUGCUGCAGUACGCCAUCCACCAGAGCCUACUGGAGGCUAACGGAGGCCUGCGGGAGACAUCUUGGGCUGACAGCAACGGGAGGGUCAGCGAAUCAACGCUCAACAGCCCUGGUGAAAGUUCCAGGUCUGUCCCCGAGGGGGUGCUGGUGGACCUGGGAAACUCGGUCGGCCCUGUCAGCAGCGGAUCCACCGUCAGCCCAGACUCUGACCUCCAGCUCGCCAUCUCCCUCUCCGCCCGGGCGCAGGAGGAAGAGGAGCAGAGACGGAGGGAGGAAGAGGAGGAGCUGGAGAGGAUUUUGAGGCUCUCGCUCACUGAGAAAUAAACUAGUGAGGGGAGCAAAAAUAAUAAUAAUAAUUACUUUUUUUCCUGUAAAGGAAGUGAGUCGACCUUUGCCAUAGCUACGCUAACUUUCUAACUCCAGAGGCGGCCAUUUUGAGCCCUGCCACACCGGAAAGCCCGUUAACCUGCAGGCGUCAGUCUUAACAUGCAGCGGGUGGGGCCCACACCACCACAAGCAACUAUUGUCAAUGUGUGGUACACAUUGUUUCUUACUAUUUUAUAUGCAUAAACAUUUAUUAUAUAUAUAUAUAUACACGUAUAUAUAUUUGUAUCCCUUCAUAAUUUUAUACGCGCACUCGUUUCUUGAGCAACGUCUCUGUGUGGCAAGUUCUGCGCGCCGUUGGCCAGGUUUUUGAACACUACCUUAGAAGAGGCUGGAGUGGAGGCAAAGUCAGGCCUGACGGACUGCAUUGUUUUAGGAAAUUUUGAGUAUUCCACUGUGAAGGGAAAAGGAGGUAGAUAUGAUCCAAUGGCGCACGUAAUAUGAUCGUUGACUGGACGUGUUGGUGAGAGUCGAGUCUGCGGGUAGAGUUUUAGAAAAAGGCUUUAGCGUUUCAAUUAAAAGAUAUCUCAGGGUUUCGUACUAGUUCCUCUGACCUUUUUUUUAAGAGGGUGUGAAAGUAAGGCAGAGGGGGCACGUUGAAAAGGAGAGAAUGUUCGUUAAGGUAUGGCGGUCGAGUCAACAAUAAAUUUAGGCCGCACUGUAGCAAGUUCAAUAGCGUAAAUCCGGGCCUGUUGCCGAGCUUUCACGUUUUUCAUAUCCGGGUCAAACAAGGGUCAGUAACUACAUCACGUUAGCAACCGUCAGCAGGCAUAUUGGGACAAACGGGUACGCAAAACAAUCGAAGCAAUAGCAAUGCCAGUGUGCCUGCGGAAAAGAUAUACACGGCCCAGAGCUGGCUACACGCGGUGUCAAUCUCCAGUGGAAGACUUGAGUGUAAUGUUCAGGUUUGCAGUGUAGGCCUUUAAUUGUAAGUUUCUGUUAUGUAUAAAUGUUAAUAGUUGAGUAACGGAAUCGGUAAUGUGCCAGAGCUGCAAUGCAAAAGUAUUAAAAGGGCUGAACCCCCCCCCCCCCCCCCCAGACGCAGACUGCCACAACCGUCGUUUUACUGGUCCGCACGUGAAUUCCUGGGAAGUUGUACGCUCUAUAUGUGAACGCGGACGCCAGCUGAAUGUAGCAUCACAGAACCGCGUUGGCCUCUCUCUGUCUGUGGAGAGAGCCUUGCGGUGCUUCGGUUUGCCCUGCUAGUUAGCAACUUGCUAUGCGAUUCAAGACCAAAAUUAUUUUAUUUUAUUUUUUUUUAAAGAAAGAAAUAAAAUGGUUGGAGAUGUGUAGCAUUUCGUUGCGUGCUCAGACGAAGGGGGAUUUCGUAUUUUAUACUUUGAAAGUCUUGAAACUUUUGCUCAAAAAAAUUAAUUGAGGCAUUUAAACAACACUGGGAACUGAUAUAAGUGCAUAUAAAGUAUUUCCAAACAGUGACGUAAUAUUUUUUUCUUAUGGCUGGUACUGCAAACCUCGAGGAUCGUAUAAACAGACAAGAGAUCUCUAUCAUCCAAAAUAAUUUUGCAUUAAUAAUAUUAGUUUUGAAAGGGGAAGGGACUUCGUAUGCUGUAUUAAUUUUGCUGGAGAGCUCUUGUCUUAACAUGUUGAAGAAUUUGCUUCUUAAAAGACAUUUGUCAGUUUCAGAAUGUUCGUUUUUGUCUUUAAAAAAAAAUAAAAGCACUUUAUUUCCAGUGAGAUUUAAGAGACUUAUUGUAUUUAGAGUUGUAAAAACUGAGAUUAGUAUCAUGAUACUCACAAUUUGCUGUUUAAUUCACUAAAUGAGUAAUUAUUUUGAGUUCCCUUUUGGAAAAAAGUGACAUUUAUUGCACUUCCUAAAUCAAACAGGUGAUGGCAGUGUUCUUUGAUAUUUUAUUGUAGUUCUCCAUUUUAUUGUAGUUCCCCUUCCUGACAGACCAAAAAAGGAUUGUCUAUGUCUUAUUUGUCUCUUAAUAAACUUGGUCCUCAUCUGUU